AUACGAUGCUGUUAGGCUUUAUUGCGUUAAUGUACAAGUAGGUACGUUUAAAGGUAGUAGAAUAAUUGUGUGAAUAAAAUGAAGAAAAUCAUAUUCUAUAUUUGCACUUUUGUGCUCGUUUCUUUUACCGUUGGUUCAAAGAUAGGAUCUCGCAAUGAAAAUUAUACUACUUGCUUAACUGAAACUAACGUAUCUGAUGAUGACAUGUUCACAACGGAAGAUUUAAUAAAUGACCGACAUAAACCCGAAGAUCAGGAAAAAAUAAAAAAGAAUGGUUGUGUUUUACAAUGUUUAGCGCAGAAAUCAGAAAUAAUGAACGAAUCGGAAUUUGACGUAGAAAAAAUGCAUAGUGAAUUUACUAGAAUAACAAAAGUUCAACCAGGAGAAAAAAUAUUUGAAGCUUUCGACAAUUGCAUAAAUGAAAGUAAGUUAUAUAAUCACAUUAUGUACGGGUAAUUAGUUUUUAAUAAA